GGGGCCGCGGUGUGUCUGAGCGCCGUGGCCGGCCUGGUGCCGCUGUGGCUGCGGCGGAGGGACGGUGGGACGGAGCGGAGGGUGUGUGUGCUGGUGCUGGGGGACAUCGGCCGCAGUCCUCGGAUGCAGUAUCACGCUUUAUCACUCAGCAAACACGGAUAUGAAGUAACUUUUGUUGGCUUUUCAGACAGUAAACCUCAUCCAGACGUGCUGAGAGAGGAGAAAAUAAAGAUUCUUCCUAUUGCAGAAGUGAGAGGUGUCCGAGUCGGACCAAAAAUCCUCACGUAUGUGACGAAGGUGAUGACUCAGUGUCUGCAGCUGCUGUUUGUGCUGCUGAGGAUGGAGCUGCAGUCCUUUAUUCUGAUGCAGAAUCCUCCUGGCUUACCGGGCAUCGCUGUGGCGUGGUUCGUGUGCGUCCUCCGUGGCAGCAGAUUUAUCAUCGACUGGCACAACUACGGCUACACCAUCAUGUCCCUGAGCCUCGGCCUCAAACACCCUGUGGUCCGACUGGCGAAGUGGUACGAACACUUCUUUGGACCUCUGGCGACUCACAACCUGUGUGUUACCAACGCCAUGAAGGACGACCUGCAGAAAAACUGGGGAAUCAGGGCGACGACUCUGUAUGACCGACCGGCCUCCGUCUUCAGAGAGACGCCGCUGAAACAGCAGCACCAGCUGUUCAGGAGACUGGCCGACACUUAUCCUCAGUUCCAACACACGGGGUCAGUGGAAACGGCUGAUGUGAAGGACGUUGAACAGACCGCCUUCUCAGUUCGACAUGUCGAUGAUGACUCGGUGACUUUGAGGACGGAUCGACCGGCUCUGCUGAUCAGCAGCACCAGCUGGACAGAGGAUGAAGAUUUCUCCAUCCUCCUGAAGGCUCUUAAAGAAUAUGAAGCUGUGGUCAAAGGAGGAGCUCCGUUACCGUCUUUAGUCUGCGUCAUCACAGGUAAAGGUCCUCAGAAGGAACACUACAGGAAACUGAUCGACUCUCUGCGUUUCCAACACGUACAGAUCUGUACUCCGUGGCUGGAGGCCCAGGACUAUCCCGUCUUAUUGGGUUCGUCAGACCUCGGCGUUUGUCUCCACAUGUCGUCCAGUGGGUUGGAUUUACCCAUGAAGGUGGUCGACAUGUUCGGCUGCUGUUUACCCGUCUGUGCCAUCAACUUCAACUGUUUACAUGAGCUGGUGAAACACGAGGAGAACGGUCUGGUCUUCAGAGACUGGCAGCAGCUGGUGGAUCAGCUCCAGUCUCUUCUGUCAGAUUUCCCCAGUUCAGACGGCAGACUGGGCUCGUUCAGGAGGAACCUCCGAGCCAGCAGGGGGCAGCGCUGGGACGACAACUGGGACCAGAACGUCCUGCCUCUGAUCCGCAGUCAGUGAAAUGAAGAGGGAAGGCUGGGUCUGAUGUAGGUACAGUUUUAUUAUAGACAGAGACAGAAAUGAUAGGGAAGUUACUGAAGAAGAAAGUAUGGAGAAGUGGAGGGUUUCCACAGAACAGACAGGAUGUGACAGACUGUAAAAGCCCAGAACUCACCUGAAUGUACCUGCACACACAUCAUAUUUUAAUAUUAACCCCUAAAGACCCACAACUAUUAUGUGACAACUUCCAAAUGAAUUUUAUCCCCAUUUAUUACAAUAUUAUCCUCUUCAUUUUGCAUUUUUCAGUGACAGUCGAGUA